UAUCAUAUCAUGGUACUUAUCCUUCUAACUUUCUGUUUACAUUGCGUAUCGCGCGCCCGUUAUGAGUCAAUCUGAAGAUUUAUUUGUGAUUUUGUAAGCAAUUUCGAAUGUUACGGCCUUACUUCUCAGUCUCACCACUAUUGGCUGUUGUGUUGGUCAGUAUAAAUGGUCGCAUGCAGCGUUCCUCUCUGUAGCUGUCGCUCAAGUAGCACAGGUCGUCGCCAACACAUUUUACAGCAGCAGUACGAAAUCCAUGCUGGACGGAAAAUCAGUUUUCACUCGUUUCCAUCAGACAAAGAGCUUUGCAAAGCAUGGUUAACUAAGCUAAAAAUAAAAAACUUUGAGCCGAGCAAGAAUAGUAGAGUGUGUUCUUUGCAUUUUGAAAAAGAUUCUUUCUUUGGCUUUCCAGCCACUCGCAAUGUCCUGAAGCCAAACGCUGUUCCAAGUAUUAUCACUCCUCACUGGAUCAAGAUUGGGCAUGGAAGAAGUACCAGAGAUGAAAUGACGGAUCUCAAGGCACAAGCAGACGUUUACUGUGCAGUUCGGGGUUGUAAGAAUCUUAGAUCAAAAAUUGAUGCUAAGAAUAAAGUAUCACUGAACAGUCAUGGGAAACCAGUAUCCUACUACCAAUUUCCUGAAGACAAAGAGUUGAGACAGAAAUGGAUCACAGCAACUGGCCGAAAUUUGACUCAUUCCUCAAUCCAGGCGAGAAUGGCUGUUUGUUCGGCUCAUUUUGAUAAAUCUUGUUUUGCAACUGUUGGCAAGGUGAAACUUCUUUCACAAGAUGCAGUCCCAACCAUUGAUCUUCCAAUAAGUAAGCUUUUUCACCAGGAAAAGGAAAUACUUUCCCAUCAAAUUGAGUGUCACAGUAAUGUUCAAAAUCCAAGCAUUACAAAAAUAGUGCAGCAAGUCCAGGGCAAGACUCUAACUGGAUCUACCCCUGUGAGUCAUUCUAAUGUGUCAUCGCCUCCUGAAAUUCUUGCGACAACUGGCUCCUUGAAGUCUCAAGCGCCCAUCUUGUCAAAAACGAAGGACCUCUCACCAUCACAGAACAAUACUCCCAUUAAUUCUAAAGCACAGACAACUCCUAUUAACAUGAUGAUGCUACCAAAGCAACCUGAAGCCAUGAUGGUACAAAGGCAAGAAUCCAACGUUGUGAUAAAGAAUGACUUGAUGCAACCAGUCGUGUUUGUUAAAACUCCUAAUAAAGUGAUGGUGGUGCCUGCUAAGUCAGUGGCACAGGAAAGACUUGCGCAAAUGCCAAAUGCAUCCACUGUCCACGUGAAGCCUAAUUCUUAUAUCAGCGUACAACCUCCAAUCUCAACCGUCCCUGAAGUUCCAAGAGUGGUGCCUGAGCAAGCAGUGAAAAAAAUUCCUGACUGCACCUGUCCCACGGAUAAAUUCUUUCGCGAAGGAGGCAAGCAAAUAAGGAUUCUCUCCGAUCGAGAACACAAAUUGCGCAGCAAAAAUGCAACAAAAGCACGAAUGCUCAAAUCGCUUCUUUUAAGUCGUAACCGUUGUGAUGAAAAAGCCCGUAGUUUAAAAAAAAAAACAAAAGAGUUACGGAAUGCAAUUGAGAAGUCAGAAAGAGGUGUUCCUUUAGAGCCAGCUACUGUGAAAUUAUUCAAAGAAAUUUUGCAGCAACACUCGGAACCAAUCAAUCUUGAUGGUCCAUUAAGAAAACAGUAUGGGAAGCAGAUGAAAAAGUUUGCUUCAGAGCUGUUUACAGCAUCACCGGAAGCUUAUGUGUUUGUACGGGAGGCAUUCAAUAAACGUUUGCCCAGGUUAAGAACAGUCCGAGCAUGGUGUUCAAAGGAACAGGCAGCGACUGAGUCAAAUCAGUCGGAGACGGUAGACCAGAAUGAUUCAGAUUUGGAUGAUGAAGGGACAGAGUGUAUUGAAUCGUCUGAUGAAGAGGUAGAGGAGUUACAAAAAAAAAUCCGGGAAGAAACAAACGUUACCAUUGAAGCAGAAACAGACCAAGAAGGAAAUAUACUCAAUGAUCCACCAGCUGAACUUGAUGAGGAGAUGUUCUCUGAUCUUGAUUCAGAUUCAGACUUUGAGAUGCCUUUUUCAUCGUUGUGUGAGCAAGGACUUUUAACUCCCUUAGAACCCUCUAAAAAACAGUCAAAAUUUCCAAGCAAGCCCUCUAAUUCACCAGCAAGUGGUACACCAAACAAUCAAACAAAAAAACAGGACAUGCUUAUCAAAAUCAACCUAUUAGAAAACCCCAAGCUAGGGCCAGGCGUUCGAUUUGAAACGUUUGCCAUUUAGUAAAAAUUGCAAUUUUUGCACUGUUAAUAAUUUGUCGUGUUGCACCGAAGAAACUUUCAAUUGUAAUUUGACAGUUGUAUUGACAAUUUUUGCGCUGGAAUGGUGUCUGACUGCUCUGAAGUUUCUAUUUUUAAAACUGAAUCUUAACUGAAGUUUCACUACGGCAAGGUUUUCCUUGUUAGAAUGAAUUUUAUAAUAGAGACGUAUCAACCAAUUACAUCACUCAGUCAAAACUAGCCUUAUGUUGUAGUAAAGAUAAGAUAACUUAAUUUUUUUGUUCUAUUAUUGGAUUGCACUUAGCAGAAGGGAACCAGCGCGAUUACAGUGUGGAGAAAUUGUGCAUCUUUGUCUGUCAAACUUCCCAGAAUAACAAAUAAUUUUUGUUUCUCCACCAAAAAUUACAAUUUCUAAGGAAAAUAAUUUUGUAAAUUUUAUUUUUGUACAUGUAUUUAGUAUUUUUUCAGGACCGUUUUGAAAAGACUGUAAUUACGCUGGUUCCCUUCUGCUGAAUGCGAUUUGAGUCUCGCAAGUAAUGGUUAUGGUUCCCAUCACCCAUAUUUUUUAGCUCCUAUUUAUUUUAAUGCCCCACAACUGCGAUGUAGAAAAAACUAUCCUACUCCCUACAACCUCUAAGAGAUUUGACGCUUCGUGAAAGAUGAGAGUUUUCAGGGAAAAGGUGAUUUUAUUUUAUUUUUACCUAAAUACGCUCGAGCAUUCAAGUUAUUUAAUUCUGAGAAAUCCUAAUCUUUACUCUGAGGAAAAAUUGUAAAAUAUCUACUGUAAAUAUUGUAAACUUUGAUGUUGAUUCAUUACAGAUCUGUUAUUUUUCAAGAAUCUA